AUGGUUGCUCAAGUUCAAAAGCCAGCUCCAGCAUUCACGAAGACUGCCGUCAUUGACGGUGUAUUUGACGAAGUCUCUUUGGAAAAAUAUAAGGGUAAAUGGGUUGUCCUAGCCUUUAUUCCAAUGGCAUUCACUUUCGUCUGCCCCACAGAAAUUAUUGCUUUCUCUGAAGCCGCCAAGAAAUUCCACGACCUAGACACUGAGGUUCUAUUCGCUUCUACCGAUUCCGAGUUCACCUUGUUAGCAUGGACUAACGUUGCCAGAAAGGACGGUGGUUUGGGUGCUGUCAACAUCCCAUUGGUUGCUGACACCAACCACUCUUUGUCCAAGGACUACGGUGUUUUGAUCGAAGACGCCGGUAUUGCUUUGAGAGGUUUGUUCAUCAUUGAUCCUAAGGGUAUCAUCAGACACAUCACCAUCAACGAUCUUCCAGUCGGUAGAAAUGUCGACGAAGCUUUGAGAUUGGUUGAGGGUUUCCAAUGGACCGAGAAGAACGGCACUGUUUUGCCAUGUAACUGGACUCCAGGUGCUGCUACCAUCAAGCCAGAUGUUGAGGGUUCCAAGGAGUACUUUGCCAGCACAGAGUAA